AAUACCAAACCAAAUAAAUGGCAGUCUCUCCACUUACACUUCUCUAAAAAUCUUCCAUUUCAACUAUAUCCCAAAAUCUUCUCCCUCUUUUACCCUCUGCAAAACCCUAUAUUCCCUUUAUAUCUCUUCUCGAUUUUUCACUCUCACUAAUAAACUCAAUCCCAAAACCAUAAAUUCUUGUACAUAUCUCAAUCUUCUUCAUUUCUCAAAAUUUGACCGAAUUUCCCGUUAAUUCUUGACUUUCAAAUUCUGGGUUUCUUUUUCCUCUAAUUAUUUUUGCUGGGAUUUAUCAAAGUUUCAUUUUUUAAUCAUUUUUGUUCUAAUUUCAUGGAUUUUGCUCUUGAAUCUUCGGUUUUCAAUCGACCCACGUUUGUUCCAAAAAUAAAAAACUCGUUUUUCCUCCACCAAAAUCGAUGUUCUAAAUUUCCUGUCAAGAUUUCACCCAGAAUUCAUCACUAUCCAAAGUUUCACAUCUCUAGAUUGCCGAAAAACAAAAUUUCCGACACUAGAACCCACGUGAAACCAAUAAAAAGAGUCACUGCAGAACUGGGUCGUGAAAAAAAUGAAGUUUUGGAUUCAAAUUUAGAGAAAGUUAAGAUUCUGAUGAAAGGGGGAGUCGUUUUAGGGGCACUUAUUUGUGGGGUUUGGGUUUUUGGUUGCAAGAGAGUUUUUGCUGUGGAGAGUGCAAUAAAUGCAGGGUAUGGAGUUAUUGGACAGAGCAUAUUGUUGUUGAAGAAUGCUUGGCCUAAAGUUUCUCAGGUUUUGAGAGUGUUUAAAGAGCAAGGUUUGGUUUUGGCUGCGCUUUUGGGGUUGUCUGCGUUCUUUUCAAUGGCUGAGACAUCAAUCACCACGCUUUGGCCUUGGAAGGUGCGGGAAUUGGCAGAAAAAGAACCUGAUAAUGGUGUCUUUAAAAUGCUUCGCAGUGAUGUUACUCGGUUUUUGACGACUAUUCUCAUUGGCACAACUGUGGCAAAUAUUGGAGCCACUGCGUUGGUCACAGAGGCAGCAACAGCUUUAUUUGGUGAGGCUGGUGUCAGUGCAGCAACAGGAGUAAUGACUGUGACCGUUUUACUUCUCACUGAAAUUACUCCAAAAAGUAUUGCUGUUCAUAAUGCCACAGAGGUUGCUAGGUUUGUGGUCAGGCCAGUGGCAUGGCUUUCCUUGGUACUUUACCCUGUGGGAAGAGUUGUUACAUAUCUAUCAAUGGGAAUGCUAAAAGCUCUUGGUUUGAAAGGAAGAAGUGAGCCAUAUGUUACUGAAGACGAGUUGAAGCUGAUGUUGCGCGGAGCAGAGUUGAGUGGGGCAAUAGAGGAGGAAGAACAGGAUAUGAUUGAAAAUGUGUUAGAGAUAAAGGAUACACAUGUUAGAGAGGUGAUGACACCUCUUGUUGAUGUAGUUGCAAUUGAUGCGAGUGCCACUCUUGUUGAUUUCCACAGCUUGUGGGUGACUCAUCAAUAUUCAAGGGUGCCUGUGUUUGAGCAACGUGUUGACAAUAUAGUGGGCAUUGCUUAUGCAAUGGAUCUGCUGGAUUAUGUUCAGAAGAAUCAUGAUCUUUCUAUUUUGAAGGGGGAUCUCCUAGAAAGUACUACAGUGGGAGACAUGGCCCACAAACCUGCAUACUUCGUCCCUGAUUCAAUGUCAGUUUGGAAUCUUCUCAGAGAGUUCCGCAUUAGGAAGGUUCACAUGGCUGUUGUUCUAAAUGAGUAUGGUGGAACUGUGGGGGUAGUGACCCUGGAAGAUGUGGUUGAGGAAAUUGUUGGUGAAAUCUUUGAUGAAAAUGAUUCAAAAGAGGAGAUCCAGAAGAAAACUGGCUACAUUGUGAUGCGAGCAGAGGGAAUAUAUGAUGUGGAUGCUAAUACAUCUAUUGAUCAGCUUUCCGAAGACUUAAAUAUCAAAAUGCCAGAGGGUCAUCAGUAUGAGACGGUAUCAGGUUUUAUAUGUGAGGCCUUUGGAUACAUCCCAAGGACCGGUGAGAGUAUGAAAGUGGUCCUUGAAAAGGAAAACCAGGAGGAAAACGAAGAACAUGAUGAAUCUGGAUCUGACCACCAGGAAUUGAAGGAAAAGUAUCUAAUUUACAAACUCGAGAUAUUAGCUGGAAAUGCCAGAAAAGUUGGUGCUGUUCGGUUUGAACGGAUGAACAAUGAUGAAGCGAAGUUUGAGGCAAAAGAAGUAACUCGCUUGGUUCCGAAAAUCAUGAAGAGAAAAUGGAGCAGUGAUGAUGAAUGGGAUAGUAACGAUUAUGACGGUGAUGCAUACUCAAAAAGAGUUGAGGAUGAUCCCUCUGGUGACCAUGUAAUUGCUGAAAAUGAAGAUGGUCGUCAUGACUCUACCAUAACAAAUUAGUUACAUGCACCCGUUUGUUUUUCACCCCUUAUUAUUACGGCACCAUGAACAGCGGUUAAAACAUUGAGAAGAUGAUGACAAAAAGGAGAGGUAGAGAUGAUUGAUGAACUGACAUUUUACCUUUUUUAUGCUAGGAAAUUGUAAAUUUUUUAUUUUUAUUCUUUUUAACUAAAGACAAGUAUCAACAUCUGAGCAAUGGCAGUUUUUUGUAUAGUACA